AUGAUAACUCCACGGUUUUACUGUACCCAAACUCUUGAAGCAGUGGCAGUAUCAAUUUACUGCCCAUCAGUAAGAGCCUCUGAUGUGGAGAUCAAUGUCGAUGAGACUUUGUUGACCGUUCACAUCAACCCUUAUUUUCUUCGUAUAAACUUUCCUCAUUCGGUCCUCGACGACGACCAAUCCUCUGCAACCUACGAUCCAAGCAGUGGAUAUUUAACGGUUACAUUGACUAAAGAGACGAAGGGGCAAGAAUUCCCUGACUUGGAUUUACUAGCAAAGCUACUGGCUCCACGUCAUGUUGAAGUUCCAAAACAGCCGGCUAUAGAAGUCAUCGGGUCUGAGACUUCACCACAAAGCGAGCUGGAAGAACUUGUGGAUUUAACUGAUGCGAUCUCGCUUGAACAACGGGAAAUAUUGGAAGCCGCUGAAAAUGACUGGCAGUUUCCCCAGACUAUCGCAGAAACCUCUUCUCCAUUACAACUAUCCACGAAGAGAUAUUAUGGGUUCUUGAAUAUGUACACAGGAUACUUCACCCACGUUGCUCACACAGAAAAUGAUGUCAAUGAACUAGGGAGUGAGGCUGAAAGUUGCUUACCAGAAGAACGACGAGCGAAAAGAUUGCAACAUGAAGAGGUGAAAUGGGAUGAGGAGCAUUAUAUGGCGGAUUACGUGGAUGAUGAGUACAUUCAAGAACUUCUUGCCUGGGAAGAUCCCGAGCUUGGAAAUGCUGAAUGUAUAUUCACCGAGAGCGAGAAUAUGACGAUGCUCCAUUUACCGCGCAAAGAAUACUUACCUACAAAAUCACAGGAGCGAAACCUGUAUCUAACACUAUUAACCUUGUUAUUCGCAUACGCCUAUGACAGACGCACGACACAGCACGACCCCACCCCUGAAAGCGCCUGGACAAUUUGCUCACUCGUACCUGCGUUCUCAGCGCUGGAUCCCCCUCCAUAUGUAUCUUUAGAAAGCGUUCCCCUGUCUAUCCCCACGUCGGGGUUCACCGAUUCCGACCUCGCUUCAGCUUUGAUGCCGUCUUAUCGGCGUUCUCUUGCAUUCCCUCUUUAUCGCUCUUUCGCAAUGGCCGAUGCUUGUCAGAAUGACGUAGCAGCCAUUUUGGCGAAGGGUAGAAGGACGGUCACGCGUUACUUAUUGGAGAUGAAACAUGUUUUGGACCAUCAUGAAGUAUAUUACGUGUAUAACAAAAUCUGGGUCGAUGAUUUCUGCGUUUGGAUCCAAGCAUCGGCGAGCGAUGAGGUGUUAUUAGACAUCGCACAGCAAUUGAAUGCUCUGGCCAUUACGAAAUCGAUGAUUGGCUGGAACAUCGAGAAGUUAGAAGCUGCAACCCUUCUGGACACUACUAGUAGCGACAGCGACAACGAGUCGUCUGAAUGACCUUAUGAGGAGUCGUCU